AUGCAAAAGAAACGUCUGGAAUCAUCUUUUUGUAGUACAAGUACAGUGACUGAUGAUACUGAAUAUGGUUCUGCUGCAGAGGAUGAGGAAAUUGUUUCAUCUCAAGACUCAUGUGUUACAUCAGACCCUCGGGUUAACAGGUUUCUCUUUCUUCACCCAAGUAAGAAGAUUGCAGAUGCUAAGCUUGCAAAGGACUUUCAAGCUGUGUUGAAAGAGUUUCAGAAAGCUCAACAAACAGCUGCUGAAAGAGAAACAGCUUAUACUCCUUUCGUGCCUCCAUCCGCCACUCCUUCUAGACAGGAGCUCGUGUUGUUAGACAAUGAGGCUGUGAUCAAAGAAAGGGAGAGUAAAGGUAGAGUCUUUGCAUUGCAAGACGAACCUGAGGUAGCUCGUGUUUGGUUGCCAAACAGCGAUUCACCUGGUUUAGCAAUGGCUAGAGCUUUUGGCGACUUUUGUCUCAAAUAUUACGGUUUAGUCUCAGUCCCAGAUACCAACUACCGCCGCCUAACAGAACGAGACCAUUUCAUUAUUCUUGCUAGCGACGGG